GUGUUUGUUGUAAAGGAGGCUUUUUUGGAGUGGAAGUAGAAACAGGAAGUGUGAUGGAAGACUCAUGGUUAAUUAUUCCAGGUGAAGGUAAGGGGAUAGGUUCUAAGGUCAUCCUUGGAGAAGGUAAGCUCAGGUUCUUGAACCAGGCUGGAGGAGGGCAGCAGGUUGGAUUGGUUCUCUGUCCAGGAGAGAAGGCAAAGAUUCAUAGAUGCCAGCUGCUGGUUUCCGGCUACCAUAGGAUUCUGGUUUUUCCGGUGACGGUACUGGUGCUGUGAAGUGUUUGCAAUCUGGAAUGUGUCUCCCAACCCCCUUGCACUCAUUGCAGUAUUCUGGUAGCCCUUCGUAAAUGGCAGUGAGGAGGAGGGGAGUAUCUCCAUUCUUAACAUAGAAUUUGGGGCUGGGUGGU